CUGAUUGAUGGUCGAAGAGCUUGUUCGUUCGUGCGACAACGCAGUUUUAGUAAAUCUAAAAAUAUAAAAUAUACAAGAAUAAGAUAUUAAAUCUUUGUUAAGAUUCCACUUGAAGAGUUGGUGUGCUGUUGAAUCGGGACGUGAACAUCUGAUAUUGGUUUUAAGACAUUUCGUCGGUUGACACAAUGUCGUCGGCUCAUUCAAUUUCGUCCGACGAUGCAACAUCAUCGAUUAAUUCAAUAUCGGCGGACGAUUCAGCCGCAGCAGUACCUUCAACAUCGGCAGCGAGGCCGGUGCAUUUAAUAUCACCGAGACCUUCGACGUCGUCAAUGCUACCAAUGUUCCCCUACCACUCGUCGUCGCCAAUGCUACCAAUGUUUCCUCACCACUCGUCGUCGCCAAUGCUACCAAUGUUUCCCGACAACUCGUCGUUGCCAAUGCUACCAAUGUACCCCGACCACUCGUCGUCGCCAAUGGACUUAAUGAUUCCCGAAAACUAUACGUUGCCAAUAACGGAAUUGCUUUCGGCAAUAAUAUCGAUGGCUCCAUCUUCGUGGCGUGAGAUUCGAGAAAAUUAUGAUGAUUUUCGCUUUGAGGCAGCAAGACUCUGGAGUUUUCGAAAUUGGCCUCUAUCAUUCAUUCACCCUACCAGUCUUGCAGCUGCAGGAUUCUUUUUUACUGGUGAAAUAGAUAGAGUGAGAUGCUUCGAGUGUCAAGUGGAGAUAAGUCACUGGGCACAGGGUUAUUUGCCCAUGCAAAUUCAUAUAAUGUGUUCUCCGGAGUGCAGAUUUAUCCGCAAUGAACAUUGUGAUAAUGUACCAAUUGGAGCAAAUCCCGAUAGAAUUCUACGGAGAAAAAGAAGAAAUAUAUCUUGUCCUUAUGGUUUGAAAUAUCAAGAUUCAUUUGAUUUUCAUGACCGUAUAUUUUCAAAACAUCGACGAACCCUGUCGACAUAUGAACUUUGCCGUUUGGGUCUAAGAAAAGUUGAGGAACCAAAAAAUUUGGAAUAUGUCAGUUACGAAUCCAGGUUAAACUCAUUCGCAAGAUGGCCUGCAUACAUCAGACAGAAAAGUGAAGAAUUAGCCGAUGCUGGCUUCUAUUACACAGAAAUUGAAAAUAUCACUACCUGUUUCCAUUGUGGAGUUAGAAUAGGAAAUUGGAGACCACAACAAGAUCCAUUGGAACUACAUGCAAUUUUGUCUCCCACCUGUUAUUUCAUAUCAACAGUACAGGAUUUCAAACAUGCUAAUAACGUAACAGGCCAGGAGUUAUAUGAAACUUCUACAGAAACACCAACACAAAUUUCGUAUGGGAUUCCUAAGAGAUCCAAUAGUGAAAAUGAUACUAAUGAAAUGACUCUCGUUCAGAAAAUUGCUGCUGCGAAGGAAAAAAAUCGAGCAUUGAAAAAUGCUCGUUUGUGUAAAGUUUGCACGGUACGAGAAACAAAAGUUGUAUUCCUACCUUGUGGACAUGCAGCAACCUGCGAUUACUGUUCACAAGCUUUCUCACGAUGCAUAAUUUGCCAACGAGAAAUUAAUGCAACAAGUCAUAUCUUUUUGACGUAAUGCAUGCACAUAUGUAUAUAUAAUUGUGUACAUAUAUAAAUUAGCUUAUCCAUAUUUCUCAUAUAAAUAUACUUUACAAUUUUUAAAAAUUGACGGACUCACAUUAAAAUUUGUGAUACCAUGUAUCGUUAAAUUAAGUGUAUAUAUCAUGAAAUGAUAAAAUAUUUUAUAUCUAGUACUAUUUCUACAGUAAUUAACAAAUAGGAACGUAAUACUAAAUUGAUCAAAUACAUUUUUUCUUUAUAUUCUUGGCUUUUUUUGUAUUUUAAGUGUAUUUCACUUAAUUAUACAUUAAUUCGAAUUAUGUAUCUUAUUUUAUCUGAAUAAAGUAAACUUUUUCCGCAUCUAA